AUGAAGACACCACUAGACCAAAAGCAAGCUAACUUUCUUGAACCAUUUGAGCCUAGUUAUACAGGAACUUUCAAGUCAUUUCCUAAAGUUCACAGACGGAAUAACAGAAAGGAUGAAACUAUCACUCAAAAGGUAUGUGUCUGUUUGAGUGUUGGUGUGGAUGGUGAUAUGAAGCGUUUCAUGGUUCAUACCACGUUGCUUCGCCAUACAGAAUUCUUGGAGCUGCUGCAUAAAUCAGCUGAAGAGUAUGGUUUUUGCAAUGACAGUGUUUUGAGAAUUCCAUAUAAAGCCCUGGAUUUUGAGGAGUAUUAG